UACUAAAGUGUUACUGAAAUAUUACAGGUCAAAUGUGAUAUUAAUCACACAUUUACGUCCUGAAGCCGUGUGGAUAGCUGGGAUGUCUUUGUGGGUUGUCACUGCUUUCCCUUCUCUCAGGACAAAUCAUGGACUUUGUGUUUGCCAGUUUUCAGUCAGUAUUUUGCUAAUGGCUGUGGGUGCUCUGUUUUUAUGUCUGUUGUUUAUCUUUUCCACUUCCUGUAAAUACAAGUAAGUAUGAAUCAAAGAGCCAAGGUUUUCUCCUCAUUCCAUCUGCUAUUUUGAUUUAUUUUCCUUUAAUUCAAUCAAUUGCAUUUCAUUAUCUACACACACACACACAAAAACACGCCCAUAGGCACAGUCCUGCUCGUUAUCUAGCGCGAGCGUGAGAUAUAAAGAUUGAUGAUCUGAUUGCAUGUAGCUAUGGUUAUCAUCUGUUUUUUUUUUUUUUUUUUUCCUUCUCCAACAGAGAGAAGGCGACAGGGCAAAUUCCAGCCCUUCAGGCGACUGUUUGGGAAGAAGAAGAAGCAGCGCGAGGCGAAAGGGGGCUUUGAUGGAGCAGAACUAAAGGCGAGUUUUUCUACAGGGGAAGUGUGCAAUGGAGUUGUAUCUGACGAUGAAGAGUCCAAUCAAAAUCUGAGGGAGUUGAAUCCCAUCGGAUCUCGAGCUCUCUCACACGACAGCAUCUUUAUCCCAGAGGAGCCGGUGACAGAGCCUGGUCUGGAUCACAGCAUGUCCCAGGAAAACGUGUCAGAUAAAGUUCGGAAUCUGCAGAGGCAGAUAGCACAAGGUAUAAAGUUUGGCCAGAGGCCGCCUUCAGUGAGGAGGAGUGAGGGAGAUGAGGGAAGUUCAGACGAGGAAGAGGUUCCCCGGAGCCCUCUGAAGGUGUUGGCGCAGGUAGAAGCCGAGCCACCAAAAACAGAGCCAAAGCAGGUCCAAGGGGCCCACACACACAGCACCCCAGUGAAGUCCCCGAGAUCCAAACGAGUUCUUCCGCCCACCGGUACGAUUGAGUCCAUCAACCUGGACGCCGUCCCACAGUCUGUUCCUCGCUUAGACAACACCGCCGCCAAGCAUAAACUGUCCGUCAAACCAAAAAACCAGAGAGUUUCCCGCAAGCACCGGCGGUUCACACAGGACCUCCAAGAGGUUUCCAUCCCUGGUGUCGUGGAGGAGGACCUCGAGGCAGCAGGGGUCUCCGGUGAUGACCAGCGCAGGGCAUCUGUUGAAGAGUCACUGGAAAUCUUCAAGAAACAGAGACUCCAUGAGGAGGAAAGACAGGAGACGAGGAGGAAGAGAGAGAUGGAGGAGCAGAGGCUCAGACAGGAGGAAGAGGAGAGGAGGAAGAGGGCAGAGGAGAUAAGGCUGCGUGAGCUAGAGGAGGAGAGGGAGAGGUGUCGUAAACAGCAGGAGGAGGAAGAGAGAAGGCUUCGAGAGGAGGCAGAGAGAAGGAGGAGGGAAGAGGAGGAGAGGAGGGUUAGAGAGGAGGAAGAAAGGAGGCGACGAGAGGAGGAAGAGAGGAUGAAGAGGGAGGAAGAGGAAAGGAGGAUGCGAGAAGAGGAGGAACGUCGACAGCGGGAGGAGGAGGAGGAGAGGAGGCGACUGGAGGAGCAGAGGAGGAAAGAGGAGGAGGAAAGGAGGAAGCGAGAGGAGGAGGAAGAGGCAAGAAGGCAGCAGGAGGUUGAGGCUGAGAGGAAGAGGAAGCUGAAAGAGAAAGAGGAGGAAAGAAAGAGGGAGGAGGAAGCGGAGAAACUGAGAUUGCAGGAGAUGGAGGAAAAGAAAAAAAUGGAAGCAGAGGAGAGGAUGAGAAAGGAAGAGGAGCAGAGGAGGAUGUCAUCAGAGGAGGCUGAUGGCAGCUCAGAUCCACAGGAGAGGAAGAGGAGAGCGGAGGAGCUGCGCUGGAGGGAGAUGGAGGAGAGACAGAGGCCUUUCUCUUUUAAGGUUUCCUCCGGAGAAAAGCAGAUUCUGUUCCAGAAGGUCAACCUGACGCCUGUUACACCAGCCUCCAGCCACCAGAGCGCUGCAGCAGCUGAACAGAGAGAGGCGGCUCAGGCUUCUUCCUCUGAAGGACCAGACUCCCCCAACCUGCCAACGUCUCCCUAUGUCCCCCACACAGCCAUCUUAGUGACUGGAGCCCAGCUGUGUGGGACCGCCGUCAAUUUAGACCAGAUCAAGGACACCGCCUGUAAGUCUCUGCUGGGUCUGGGAGAGGAUAGAAAGGCCCAGGGAACACCGCCGACCAAGAGCAAGACCUCACCGGACCGCAAGUCUGCCAAAACCAAAUCACUCAACGAGUCCGCACUCUCUACAGACCAGUCCAGUGCAGCCGUCCUGGCCGAGUGGGCGAGUAUCAGAUCAAAGAUAUUCAAAGGGGUAGAAGAGGGGAAAUAUGAUGAAUACCCAGACCUGAACCGGAACCAGCCUCAGCCCAGCAGCGAGGACCAGCCUGCGUUCCCCCACACGAACCUCAGGAAGACCAUGUCUGCCAGCGCCAAGUUCUCCAUCACCCCUGCGAAGAAGAAGUUUGGAGAUUCAAACAGGAACUCUGAGGUGUUUGGUGCAGACGACAAGGAGGCAGGAGAGGGGGGUACUCCGUCUGAGAGCCCCACUGCAGCCUCGCCAGCUCCAACCAGUAAACCUCAGAGCAGGACAAGUAAAACUGUCCGCAUCUUAGAAAGAGGGUCAGAGGAAUGUAUAUUUGCCAAAGACCUCCCCUCUUUCUUGGUUCCCAGCCCCGGAGCCAAAUCUGACGGGGCAGAGCUGAAGAGCAGGGCUCAGAGUGAGACGGAGGCGUCUGAAAGUAGAGAGGAGGGAGAGGAGCGGGGCCAGGACAGUGAGGAUAAGCCCUCACCUUUUGGCAUAAAGCUGAGGAGGACCAACUACUCCCUGCGCUUUCACAGCGAACAGUCCACUGAGAAAAGGAAGAAACGCUACAGCGCUGGGGACAGCUUCGACGGCGUCCCUUCACCUCUCACCCCCAUUGAGCCCGACUCUGACGCUUCCUCUGUCUUUUCAGAUAAAUCAAGUCCCACAUCGCCCCAGAAAGAAGGCGCGGCCUGCAAGUACUUACAUGCAUCUGCCUCCCCUGCGGUCCCUCGAGCUAAACCGACUAAGUCUACCAGCCCAACUGCACACAGCGAAGGUGAGAAAGUGCUUUCGAAACCACCGUUCUACCGAAGACCAACCACGUCACCCAAACCUACCGGAGCAGUCCCAACACCUCCCCCAUCACCGUUACCUAAAGUGGUCCACGGCCCUCCCAGCGAUGCCAUGAUCCAGAGAACAGGGGGCGUGGAUUCAUCCAGCCAGGAGCAGACGAGCCGGAGCGAGGAACCUUCAGCGGUGGCCCACUUGCACCGGAGCAGCCAGGGCCAUGCGCAAGGGGAAGAGGAGCCGAAGGAGAAGAAAUCGUUCUUCCCCUCCAUCAACAUCCCCUGGAGAGAGAAGGCGGACAGAAAGACGGAGCUCAUCAGGAGAGAAAAACCGUCCCUACAGAGCAGGCACUCACUGGACAGCGCAAGGGUCCAGGAGAAGGAGGCUGGGCCCUUAUGGAUCACACUGGCUCUGCAGAAGCAGAAGGGUUUCAGGGAGCAGCAACAGAACCGAGAGGACCGUCGUAGCCAAAGAGAGGCCAAACUGGCUGAAAAACAAGCUAGAGAUAGAGACAGUGUUACGCUGGUGAGCCCCACAGAGAGCAGAGGCAGCGGGAGCAUCAGUCCUUCGUCUAAACCUCAGACACCAGAGGAGCCCAAGAGACCCGACAGCCUCCUGGGACGGUUGGAGCGCAGAGAACACCUGAAAAAAGCCAACACUUUACCCAGCUCUGUCACCGUUGAGAUUGCAGACUCCACACCGUCGCCACCUGCUGUCAAGGAGGUGUCAAAGCGCUUCCCCGCCAGUGACUCUCCGCAGGUGUCCACGGAGCCGGCCUGGCUGGCUCUGGCCAAGCGAAAGGCCAAAGCCUGGAGCGACUGUCCUCAGAUCAUCAAAUAACACCCCGUCCCAGCUUCACACUGGGCUCGGGCCGGCAUUGAGACUGCACACUGCCCACGGACUCUGAAGCACCUCGAGAGUCAGCAUCACCUGUCCCUUCCCUCACCAAACUCCAGAUCCCAUCUCUCUCCGUGAAAACCCUCCUGACUGUGAAACAAGUAAAGCCCUCCAUCACCUCGUAACCACACACACACACUGGCUGGUACUAUUAUCAUUUUAAAGUGCGCUUCACAUUCAAAUAUCCCAAUACAAUUGCACAAAUAUAUGUAAACAAUUGUUGCGAGCAUGCACAUACUGUAUACGAACACACAAAGCAUAUGUCCCGAGAAGACAGAGUCCUCAGCAGCCAAUCACAACCAUGGCUGGCCUUUGCAAUAGCCAACCCCAAUUUUUUUUUUUUAAUUUUAUAGGCAACUGUGUCACCAUGGUUGUAAAUAAAUCACUUGCGCAACACAACAAAACACUUGUGUAUUAGAGAGGUGAAGCUCUGACUUAUGACAGUGUUUAAUCAACAGAGGGUGACUGCCUGAAUCGUGUUUUAAGGGCUACCAGUAAUAAUAACAACUCGACAUGACCCCGUUGAAUCUGCUUGUGGACAGCUGAUGGGAGCUGAUGGGAGCGUUACAGACACGUUGGUGAUAUUUAUGUAAAGCAGCGGAUUUAUCUCUGUUGAAACGAGACUGUAUCUUUACUCUGAGCCUUGUUUGUCACGUACAAAAGAAGACUUUUUCAUUUCUUCUUCUUUUUUUUUUUUUUUUUUUUACUCAUACUGGAAACCUUAGCGUAACAACUCUCACUGUGUCCGUGAUUACUGUGAUAGCUGUCAAAGAAGCUAUUGUAUAAUUUUGUCAUUCUAAAGUAA